AACCUCGGCUUGAGUUGGGGGCCAGGGCAACAUUUCCCUUACCAAGAGGGCGACAGCGCCGAGACGUAAUCACCACGCGCCUCCGGGAGCUCCGCGCGCAAGCCCCGCGGUGGCGUCACGGAUUCGCGACCGGGCCGGCGCUGGGGGAAGGAGCCUGCUGAGGGAUGCCCAAGAAGUUCCAGGGUGAGAACACCAAGUCGGCAGCGGCCCGGGCACGGAGGGCUGAGGCCAAGGCAGCAGCUGAUGCCAGGAAGCAGAAGGAGCUGGAGGAUGCCUACUGGAAGGAUGAGGACAAACACGUCAUGAGGAAGGAGCAGCGCAAGGAGGAGAAGGAGAAGCGGCGCCUGGAGCAGCUGGAGCGCAAGAAGGAGACGCAGCGCCUGCUGGAGGAGGAAGACUCCAAGCUCAAGGGGGGCAAGGCUCCCCGCGUGGCUGCGCCCACCAAGGUCACCCGGGCCCAGAUUGAAGAGACACUCCGCCGAGACCACCAGCACAAAGAAGCCCCGGACCCAGAACUCUGCAUCCCUGCUUAUCUCUCUCUAUCUUUGUGUAUGUCUCUGUCACCUGGCUGCCUCCCACCCUCAGCCGAGAAAGCUAAGAGCCACUUGGAGGUGCCGCUGGAGGAGAAUGUGAACCGCCGGGUGCUGGAGGAGGGCAGCGUGGAAGCACGCACCAUUGAGGAUGCCAUCGCGGUGCUCAGCGUGGCAGAAGAGGCUGCGGACCGGCACCCAGAGCGCCGCAUGCGGGCGGCCUUCACCGCCUUCGAGGAGGCGCAGCUGCCGCGGCUCAAGCAAGAAAACCCGAACAUGCGGCUGUCGCAGCUGAAGCAGCUGCUCAAGAAGGAGUGGCUGCGGUCACCAGACAACCCCAUGAACCAGCGGGCCGUGCCCUUCAAUGCCCCCAAGUGAGCCCAGAACUGGGGGAGCCGCCCCACUGGCGGUCAGGGUCGUGACGUCACACGCCCUCCUGCUGGGUCAGCUACGUGGGUUACAGAGAGGUCCAGGGCCGAGGCAAGUGUCCUGGGGGCUAUGUGGCAUCAUUGGCCGCGUCUCCUGCUGGAGAGUCCCUGCUUCGAGUGACGCCCACCACCCCCUUCCUGCGCCCGCGGAGCCCUGGGGCUGAUGCCCAAUAAAGGCAGUCGGUGAGGCA